CUCUUGCUCUCGCUUCUCAGCUCUAACAAACUCUCCCUCUCAUUUCCCGCCUUAUAUAUAUACUGAUUCCUUCACCUCAUUCAUAAUUCAAAAAUAUCUCUCCCUGUUCUUAAGCCACAUUCAAAACUUCCUUCUACAUCCACGAUGCUUGCUACGCUCAAAUCCGAAGAGUCCAGCGGCCAGCUGCAGCUCGUCGAACGCGAAGACAUCGAUGACGAUGAAGACCUCUUCGAAGCAAUCGACAAACUGAUUUCCCAAGGCAUCAAUGCCGGAGAUGUGAAGAAGCUUCAGGACGCUGGGAUAUAUACUUGCAAUGGCUUGAUGAUGCACACUAAGAAGAAUUUGACUGGAAUCAAAGGCCUAUCCGAGGCCAAGGUCGAUAAAAUUUGUGAAGCGGCCGAGAAGAUUGUGAAUUUUGGUUAUAUUACCGGAAGUGACGCUCUACUCAAAAGAAAGUCAGUGAUCCGAAUUACAACCGGAAGUCAAGCGCUGGAUGAAUUGCUUGGAGGCGGGAUCGAGACACUGUCAAUUACAGAAGCGUUUGGAGAGUUCCGAUCUGGGAAAACACAGCUUGCUCAUACUCUCUGUGUUGCCACUCAGCUGCCAACUAAUAUGAGGGGAGGAAACGGAAAAGUUGCUUACAUUGACACGGAAGGAACUUUUCGACCUGAUCGCAUUGUUCCCAUAGCUGAGAGAUUUGGCAUGGAUCCUGGGGCUGUACUAGACAAUAUUAUAUAUGCUCGUGCCUACACUUAUGAGCAUCAGUACAACCUCCUCCUUGGUUUGGCUGCUAAAAUGUCCGAAGAACCAUUCAGACUUCUGAUUGUGGAUUCGGUGAUCGCUCUGUUUCGGGUGGACUUUUCAGGAAGAGGAGAGCUUGCAGAACGCCAGCAAAGACUAGCACAAAUGCUUUCUCGAUUGACAAAGAUUGCUGAGGAGUUCAAUGUUGCUGUUUAUAUGACAAAUCAAGUCAUAGCUGAUCCAGGAGGUGGGGUGUUCGUAACUGAUCCGAAGAAACCAGCAGGAGGUCAUGUACUCGCCCAUGCAGCCACAAUAAGGUUGAUGUUCAGGAAAGGGAAAGGCGAUCAGCGCAUUUGCAAAGUAUUUGACGCCCCAAACCUGCCAGAGGCUGAAGCGAUAUCCUUUACCCGACCUUGCUUCUUUAGUAAUCUAUUAGUUUUCUUUCUCAGUUUGCGAGUCAUCUUACAAUUUGCCCCAAAUGACUUCGAAAUUAUGGCUAUUAUAUCGUGAAAUUGGCUUUUACAUAAUUCUACAUAG